AUGAGUGACGAGUAUUAUAAAACAUUUGGAUUAAAGCCUGUUAACAAGGAUUACUUAGACAAGCAAGAGUUGUACAAGUUGUACUUGCAACCAAAGAAGGACAAGGGAUUGAAUAUGCCUCACUAUCAAGUAUUUGAAACUGGACUGAAACAACAAGCUGAUUUAUUGUUCUUACCUGAUGAUGAUGGAUUCAAGUAUGCGUUGGUUGUUGUUGAUUUGGGUAAUCGAUUAACUGAUGCCGAACCAUUGAAGAAUAUAUCAAGUGCAGCUGUCAAGCAGGCAUUCGAGACAAUUUACAAGAGAGGAAUAUUGGUGAUGCCCAAACAGAUACAGACGGACCCAGGUGGUGAGUUUGAGGGAGAGACCAAGAAAUAUUUCAAAGACAAGGGAGUGUUUCUAAGGUAUGGAGUUCCAGGGAGACACAGGAUGCAAGCAAUGGUUGAGGCGAGGAACAAAACAUUGGGAACAGUUUUGAUGAAGAGGAUGACUGCUCAGGAGAUGUUGACUGGUGAGACGAGUAAGCACUGGGUUGAGGACUUGCCAAAGGUUAUAAAGGCUAUGAAUGAGAGGUUCAAGGUGGACCCGAAGAAAAAGAAGCCAGAGUCGAACUGA